AUGGAUAUUUCAGGACAAGUACGAGUCAGGUCCAGCUCUCCAAAGUAUGACAGUAACCCAAGUAGCCCAGCUUUAAAGUCACAGAGCCCAGCUUUAACAGUGAGAGGAGCCUCCGGUCAAAGCAGCGGUCACAGACACCUCCCCCUGAGCGUCACAAGUCGUCAUCUCACAUCCGCCACACGCACCAGUGUCGCUCCAGGCUCCUGCUCUGUGGCUGCUCCCUCUGACACAGCUCAGACUACAGACGCUGCUCCCCCUGACAGCUCUGACUGCAGACGCUGCUCCCCCUGA